AAUAAGACGUCGACGUGCCGGGAGGCGGCCUCAGGGCCUGACGGGAUUGUGGCGGUCCUCUUUUUCAACUCGGAAGCUGCGGCUGCCUCCGGACGCUCUCAACAUGGCGACCUCUCUGGGUUCCAACACGUACAACAGGCAGAACUGGGAGGAUGCGGACUUCCCUAUUCUGUGCCAGACGUGUCUUGGAGAAAACCCAUAUAUCCGAAUGACCAAAGAAAAGUACGGGAAGGAAUGCAAAAUCUGUGCCAGACCAUUCACAGUGUUUCGCUGGUGCCCUGGGGUCCGCAUGCGUUUCAAAAAGACUGAAGUGUGCCAAACCUGCAGUAAAUUGAAGAAUGUCUGUCAGACCUGCCUCUUAGACCUAGAGUAUGGCCUUCCCAUCCAGGUUCGUGAUGCAGGAUUGUCUUUUAAGGAUGACAUGCCAAAGUCAGAUGUCAACAAAGAGUACUACACACAGAAUAUGGAGAGAGAGAUUUCUAACUCUGAUGGAACACGGCCAGUUGGCAUGUUGGGGAAAGCCACAUCCACCAGUGACAUGCUGCUCAAACUGGCUCGGACCACACCCUACUAUAAAAGGAAUCGACCCCACAUUUGCUCUUUCUGGGUGAAAGGAGAAUGUAAGAGAGGAGAGGAGUGUCCAUACAGACAUGAGAAGCCGACAGAUCCAGAUGACCCCCUUGCUGAUCAGAACAUUAAAGACCGAUAUUAUGGAAUCAAUGACCCUGUGGCAGAUAAACUUCUAAAGCGGGCUUCAACAAUGCCUCGUCUGGACCCGCCAGAGGACAAGACUAUCACCACAUUGUAUGUUGGUGGUCUGGGCGAUACCAUUACUGAGACAGAUCUAAGAAAUCAUUUCUACCAGUUUGGAGAGAUCCGGACGAUCACUGUUGUGCAGAGACAGCAGUGUGCUUUCAUCCAGUUUGCCACAAGGCAGGCUGCAGAAGUGGCUGCCGAGAAGUCCUUUAAUAAGUUAAUUGUCAAUGGCCGCCGGCUCAACGUGAAAUGGGGAAGGUCCCAAGCAGCCAGAGGAAAAGAAAAAGAGAAGGAUGGAACCACAGACUCCGGAAUCAAGCUGGAGCCCGUUCCAGGGCUACCAGGAGCUCUUCCUCCUCCUCCUGCUGCAGAAGAAGAAGCCUCUGCCAACUACUUCAACCUACCCCCAAGUGGUCCUCCAGCCGUGGUGAACAUUGCCCUGCCACCUCCCCCUGGUAUUGCCCCGCCCCCACCCCCAGGUUUUGGGCCACACAUGUUCCACCCAAUGGGACCACCCCCUCCUUUCAUGAGGGCUCCAGGACCAAUCCACUAUCCUUCUCAGGACCCUCAGAGGAUGGGAGCUCAUGCCGGGAAACACAGCAGCCCCUAGCAUAUUGUCACCACACUAUGGCUCUACGCAAGAGAGGGCACUUAAAAAUCCCAGUAAAUGAGUCUUGAAAUAAAUACAUUUUUCCUUCCUUUGUAGUUUUCAUGGUAGCUGAAUACAUUCAGAUGUGGGCAGUCGGAGAACGACAGCCAUGCUUUCCUACGUGUGUUCAAAGGAUUGCUGGACCUCAAAUAAGCUGCCGUUAACACAUCUGGUUACUACCGUAACAUUGCUAAUAGAACUUAAUGCCUCUUCCCCUUACCUCUAUGGGGAGCAAGCAACUGGGUGAAUUGGAAUGUCCGGAGUUGCCAUCCCGAUUAUAUGUUCAUUUUGUAUCUCUUGGGGGUGGGUGUUGGGGUGGGAAAUUGACCUGCAGUUUGGAAAAAAAAAACCCAGUGACAAAAACUUUUGACCAUUUUUAUGUCCAUUGGGUAAACGUUUUCCUUUCUAUCAUCUAAAAAAGGAUCACUGGUACUAAUCAUUUUAGUGGCAUGAGUGUGAUUUAACACUUCUCAAGUCACACUCUGAGAAAGACAGGUAGAAACCAGCACCCAGUGCAGCCCGUAUCUUACUUCUUUCCUCAUUUAUUCCUAAAGGAAUCUGGCUGAUAAUUUUACUUCUUUAUGCUACCAAAAAAGACAAAAGUUAAAAAUUACUAUUUGUUCCUAUCAAUCAGAUGGAAACAAAAGUGUCAUGGGACUGUGUAUCACUGAAAACUGGUGUCUGGGAUAGAAUUAUUUUAAGGAACUUCCUGUAAAACACUUUAACUGUGAAGGGAAAAACAUUAGAGUGUGUUUGUAUGGAAGACUUGUGACCUACAGCUGGAACUUUGAUCUUCAGCAUUCACCUCUGUGUGUCUUCAGCGACUCAUUUUAAUUCUCUGCUUUUGGGCAGGGGACUCUGGUCUUAGAAUAUUUGGAUAUAACUGAGUUGUAGAUGGAAAAAAAAAUUUUUUCAUGUUGUGUUUUUGUUUUUAAAAAAAUUAAAACGGGUCAAUUUUCCAAA